AUGCACCAGGAUGGCCACUAUCCUCAGCCUUCUCCACCUGUGAAUGGGUCACUGGAACAGGAGCCUCAAAGGCAGCUCCCAGAGAUGCUAGGUGAGGUCUGGGAAGCACCACGAGGGGAUGGGCUGCCCCUUCUCGCUGUCAUCAUCGCUGCCUUUGUCCUCUUGGCGAUCUGCAUUGUGCUGGCAGUUCACUGUGGGCCCGCGCUGCACCAGGGUCAUGCCACUCUCCUCACAGAGCCACCAGCUCUAAAGCCAGACAACGGCGUUUACCUCACCCACUGGCGGCCGCUGGACCUACAGGACAAUCACAGAGAAACCCAGCCGGGACUUCCUAUCCCUCACUCUGGCUCUGACCUAGAUGGACACAGGCCCAGCAUUGAUGAAGUCACAUAUCUGUAGGGGGGUGAUUUGGAGUUGGCCUGACCUGUCUCAGAACAAGAAACUGGACUGAAAAGUGAAUUGGAACCUGGGUGUUGGAGCUACAGACAGGCCUCUGGACUCGG